UGUUACAAUCGUAUGAAGUAUCGCAUUUCAUGUUAGUAUGAGCAAAUUGGAAAGGAAAGAAUUAUUUUUGAGGAAGUGUGGACGUAAUAACUACAAUCGAACGUGAAAACACGUAUACACCAGUCUAGACAAACUUCUCUGGCGCCCUCCAGCGAGAGUCAAGGUGCAGUCUAUAAUGAUCGCAAAGCCGCAGAAACUUCAGUUGAUCUUUGCUGCAUGCAGUGAAUGGAACACGUUUAGAAUAAAAGUCGCUAUAAUCUCUGUUAGACAUCAUGGCGUCAGCCGAUUCACAGAGAGAAUUUGAUUCCAUCGGCUGUGCCCUGGUUCUUCUGUCCUUCACCGUCAACUUAUUGUAUGGAUGUGUAUUAAAGAGCCUCGGUGUGCUGCUACCGACACUAACGGACCAGUUUACGACGAACACAUGGAUCAUUGGCAUUGUGACAUCAUUGAUAGCCGUUGCCUCAGAUAUCACAGGUCUAUUCACCGCACCUCUGGAAAAUCUGUUUGGUAGCCGCAGGGUGGUCGUCGUAAGCACUUUGAUGAUGUGCCUGGGUCUACUCGUAGUUCCGUUUGCAACAAGCGUCUUGCAGCUAGCCGCUUCUUUAGUUCUACUUGUAGGAACGAGUAUUGGAAUCCUCAAUGUUCUGAGUAAAGCUUUACUUGCGAAGCACUUCCGUCGACAUUUAACCGUCGCCUGCGGCAUGGGCAAUAUAGGGCAGGCGAUGGCUCUUCUUGUUUUUGCCCCCAUGAUGCAGCUUUUCCUGGAUACAUACGGCUGGAGAGGGGCAACACUUUUGAUGGCUGGGGUCUGCUUUCAUGCCGUACCAUUCGCUGUCCUCGUCAGAGAUGCUGAUCAUAAACCAAACUAUCAGCCCCUGCCAAGUCGAAAUGAGCAUCACGAAGCAGACUCACCUGGCAAGAACUGUCCUCUUUCUGCAUUUUGUCUCCGUCUCUACAAGGCUACGAACCUCAGAAUCCUCCUUGAGUUCAAUUUCGUGAUAAUGUUUAUGCUCCGAUUCGCACUCAAUAUAACCUUCAACACGUGGAUGGUCUACUUCGUCCCCCAUCUUGUAGCCAAGGGGUUCUCGCCCCAAGUGGCCGCCGCGCUUUGCUCGCCGGCAGCGGUAGGGUACCUCUUCGGGACAGUCAUCUGGGCUCCUUUCAUCGACCGUGGUCUGGUGAAGUGUACAUCAGGGAUAAUCGUGAGCAGCUUGGCUUUGGCCAUCUCCUUUUUGGUAGAUCCCUGGGUGAAUAGCGUCCUUGGUAUGGCGGUCAUCAGCUUUUUGCUAUGUCUAUUCUUAUCGGCGUUGUAUACCCUUAAUGAUGUAUUUACUAAGGAACUGUAUGAGGCGGAACGACUCACGAGUGCGUUCGGAUGGAUUCGAGCUUUCGGAUUUCUGCCUAGGCUAAUUGCUGGAUUUUUCCCUGGUUGGAUUUAUGAAACGAGAGGUAGCUACGACGUGGCAUUCGUCGUCUUCGGCUUUUCGCCUGUUGUCUCUCCACUCCCGAUGGUUUUUGGACAACUCUGGAAGAGCCAUAAAGAGAGGAUUUAGGGUGUUAAUUGGUGUGGCAAUAACCACCAUCUUAACCACAGAUUCCGAUUCAUGAUAUACACCUUCAUACGGAACUGCAAUUCUCAGUUCAUUGCUGAGCUAUUGGGCAUUGAGGUGUUUAAAACAAAACGGAAUUGGGUACAGGUCGUAGUGGAGGAGAACAAACACGAAUGGGGGUGUGUUUUUUUUGUGUUUUUUUUUCGAUUUUCAGAUUUGUUAAUAUUUAUCUUUGAAAUGUUUACUACACAUUAUUUAAAAGAAAUAGUAUUCGUUGAUUCAAAGUGUCUUAUGGGAGAAAAUAGAUGGAAUAUUUCAUUUUCACGAAUACAUGUGUACAUAACUCGAAACUUUAAAGACCUUUUUCUCAGUAGUUUGCUCUUGACAUGUUGAUACAUUGUAAAUAAGAACUCUAAACAGCCAUUAAUUGUCAACGGAAUGUCCGAUUGAAGUGCAACAAAGUAACUUGUGGGGAAAAACUGGGGGGAAAAAUAGCAUUAGUCUUAAUGUUAUUUUCUGUUGUAGCCUUGGGACAUCUGAAAGUGGUGCUCUUUUAUUAUUUGUGGAGCUUAUUUAACCCCAUGCGUACGGGAAGCGGUCAUGGCAGCGGCCGCUAAUCCUCAUUGGAA